AUGGCUAAGAUCAAGAAGAAGGGUACCUCUGGCCAGGCCAAAAACUACAUCACCCGCACCCAGGCCGUGCGGAAGCUUCAGAUCUCGCUGCCGGAUUUCCGCCGACUAUGCAUCUUCAAGGGAAUCUAUCCCCGCGAGCCUCGGAGUAAGAAAAAGGCCUCCAAGACAUCCACCCCGAACACGACCUUCUACUACACCAAGGACAUCCAGUACCUGUUGCAUGAGCCGCUGCUCAACAAAUUCCGCGAUCAAAAGGCCCUUGCAAAGAAGAUCGCCCGUUCCCUCGGACGGGGAGAAGUCAGCGACGCUGCGCGCUUGGAGAAGAACCAUGCGCCGAAGCUCACCUUGGACCAUGUCAUCAAAGAGCGCUACCCAACCUUUAUCGACGCCCUCCGCGAUCUGGAUGAUGCACUGUCGCUUCUGUUUCUGUUCGCCACUCUUCCCUCCGAUACCCACGUUCCUCCCAAGACCAUUGCGCUGUGCCAACGUCUCUGCCACGAGUUCCAGCACUAUCUGAUCACCACCAAUUCGUUGCGGAAAUCAUUCCUGUCGAUCAAAGGUAUUUAUUACCAGGCCACUAUCCAGGGCCAGGACAUCAUGUGGCUGGUGCCGUACCGCUUUGUGCAGCGCGUGAACGCAGAUGUCGAUUACCGCAUCAUGGCGACCUUCGUGCAGUUCUACACCACACUGCUGGGUUUUGUCAACUACCGACUCUACUCCGCGAUUGGCCUGCGGUAUCCCCCCAAGUUCGACACUCGCAGCGACGAGAACGGAGCCGAGUUGGCAGCAUUUACUCUGGAGGGCCGGACGGUAGGCGAGACACCGAAAGCGCUCGAAGCACCCAAGGCCCAGAGCAAUGGCAAUUCGACCAAGGAAGUUUCCCGCGAGAUUCAGGCCAAGGUCGACAAGGUCAUCAAGAAUGCGGGCCUCGACCAAACCAAGGACGAGCAGCCUGUCGAGUCGACCGAGGAGACGAGUGACUCCAUUGACCGAUUUGAGCCUGCGGCCCCCGAAGCCGACACCCUGCCCCAGCCCGAUCUGAGCAGUGGGGAGGCCGGCUCCAUGUUCGCCCCGUUUACGUUCUACAUUUCCCGGGAGGCACCCAAGGCGCCCCUCGAGUUUCUCCUGCGCGCGUUUGGCUGCAAGCGAAUUGGUUGGGACGCUGUUCUGGGCGAUGGGGCUUUCACGCACGACGAGACCGACCAACGCAUCACCCACCAGAUUGUGGACCGACCCCAGCUCCCGGAGGGUUCACUGCCUGCUGUUCCUGCUGCCGCGGAAGAUGACGCCACCCCGAAGGUCAAGCCUGGCACCCGGAUCCCCGGCCGGACCUACGUUCAACCCCAGUGGGUGUGGGAUUGCCUUAACGAUGGCAAGCUUCUGCGCGCAGAUCUAUAUGCUCCUGGCGCCACACUUCCGCCUCACCUGAGCCCCUGGGUGAAGGCUACUCGCGGCGCCUAUGACCCGCGCGCUAGUCUGGCCGCGCAGGAAGAGGAAGGCGAGGCAGAGAUUGCUGCCGAGGCCGGCGAUAGCGAUGAAGAGAUGGAGGAUGAGGCUGCUGAGGAGGAGAAGGCGCCCGCCGACGAGUCCGAGGAGGAGUCUGUCGAUGGUGGUAUGGAUGUCGCUGGUACUGAUGACGACGAGGAGGAGAGUGCCAGCGAUGCAGAGGAAGAAGACGAAGACUUCGGCGGAUUCGAGGAGAAUGAAGCCGCGUCGGAAUCCGAAGAUGACGAUGAGGCCGCUCGGACGCAGCACCAGCGGGAGCUGGAAGCCGAAGCAGCAGGUCUGCCGUUCUCGUCGAACGGUGCCACGGACGAAGCAACCAAGAAGAAGUCUUCGCAGUCGAAGAAGCUGGCCGCUAAGAAGCGCCAGGAGGAGGAAGAGCUCGAGAGGCAGAAGAUGAUGAUGAGCCGCAAGAAGCGCAAGCUGUUGGAGAAGAUGAUGUACUCGAACAAGAAGCAGUCGGAUGAGGCGGCGAAGCUUCGGUCGAAGAGGCGCAAGAUCGAGAAGGGUGCGAAAGAGUGA